AUGGGCUGCGCCGGCAGCGCCCUGCGCUGCUGCCCCGUCGGUGCCGAGAGACAGCUAAAAGCCCAGCAGAAGAGGGGAUCGGCUUCCCAGGAACUCUCAGUCUUGAAGACACAGAAUGCCAAUGCCUGCCUGCUUCCUGAGCACGGCGAGAAGGCAGCGCGGCCAGAGGAGUGGGCAGAGAGUGCGAGAUUCCUCCGAGGCCAGGAGGAGGAGGAGGAGGAGCAGGAUGGCGGCCAGGCAGGCACUGCCAGCAUCUCCCAGGACAUCGAGAUCCAGGUGGAAAAGAGAAACGAGCUGGAGCUGAAGGAACAGCUCGAUGCCCUGAGGAGGGAGCACACAGAAACCCUGCAAGAGCUCCAGGGAGCACACGAGCAGGAGAAGCUGCUGCUGACAGAGUCCCAUCACAGGUCUGAGGCAGCCUUACAGGAGAAAAUUCAGGCACUGAAUUCCCAGCUGAAAUCCUUCCAGGACAGGAUGAAGCGGGUGGAGGAGUCACUCUUGAGAACAGACUACAGGAAGCUCAUCCAGGAGCACGGGAGCCCCAGCCCGUUCUGGGAGCAGGAGCUGGAGAGCCUGCACUUCGUCAUCGAGAUGAAGAACGAGCACAUCCACGGCCUGGACAAGAAGCUGCUGCACCUGGAGACCGUGGAGGAGAAGAACCUUCAGCUGGAGGAGAAGGUGAAAACUCUCCAGCAGGAGAACGAGGACCUGCAAGUUCGCACCCAGAACCACUUGGUCAUGGCGAGCUCUCCGAGGAGCUCCAGGCGGCUCGCGGGGCUCUGGAGAAGGAGGCGCAGCUGCUGGACCAGGCUCGCCGGGAGAAGGAGGAGCUGCUGUACCGAGUGCUGCACGCCGGGGACGGCGCCGCCUUCCCCAUGGCCACCGGCGAGGUGCCCCUCAUCGCCACGUAGCACCGGCGGCACCGGGGACUGCGGGGCUGCCCUGCGAGCCCGGGGCUGCUCUCACCGGGGCUGCUCUCACCGGGGCUGCUCUCACCAGUGCCCCCAGUCGGGGCAGGGCUCCGGGCUGGCCGAGCCCUCGGGGCGCCUCACGGACCGCACCCGUGUGGGGCUGCAGAGGGACCCUGGCCUCCCACCCACGCAGUCCCUGCACCCCUUGCUCUGGUGCUGUAACACACAGCAGGGAUAG